AAUGACUGCCGCAUGGAACAACAUCCAAGGAACAUUUGACUGCUGUGGUGUAAAGACAAACACAUCCGGUGCCCGGAUAUACAAACGUUCCAACUGGUACCGAGAGCAGCCGAUCGUACGUCGUUUAAAGGUUCCUUCGACAUGUUGUGUCGAGGAUAGUGAUGGUGAAAAUAUUAUUAAUCAGAAUGAUUGCCAAAAUAAUUUCAAUGGAUACCAGAAUGUGUACGGAAAGGGAUGUUAUGACGCUGUCUUGCAACAAACGUCUGUGUUUGCUGUUCUUAUUUCUGGAUGUGUUGUUGGAGUUACUGGUAUUCAGCUACUUGGGCUUGCAUUUUCAUUGUUCGUCCUGUGUCGAAUGUGACCCAUCAGAUCUUUCAUUUUAUAAAAGCAAUGUUGAGUUUCACAAUCCAUUUUGGAGUGCUUUUGUAGAAACAGACAGUAUAUUAAAAUAAUUUAAAAGCCUAUACAAGAAACGUAAAAAUACCCUCUCUGCGGUUGGUUUCAACCGGAUAAGCCUCAACUGGAUAAUGUUCAUUGACACUACUGUGCCGAAGAAACAAAAGCAACAGUCGGACAACUUUAAGUUAACAUUAUGUUAGUGGCUUUAUUAAGCUAUAGUCAUAAAACUAUUUAUUUAAAACGUAUAAUUUAUAGGCGAAUUAAUGAAACUCUUCAAUUUUUGAUGAAGAAAUGCUCGAGGGUUAGCCUAAGGUUAAGCAAUCUUAUAGAGUUAGGCCUAUAUAGUCAGAUAGAAAAACAUAAAUCUCAGUAUGAUAAUAUAGGACACACCACUGGCAUUAUGUAUAGGCCUACUUCUUGUUAGUCACAUGUCAAUCGAAAAAUAAAAAAAUAAAAAAAUGCAUUUUUUAAAGUAAUUCUACUUGUAUUCUUGUUUCAUUGGUUUCAAAGACAAAUAAUUUAAGAAAUUUAUUGACACAAUAACAAUUAUACUAGAGAUUUUAGAGAUAAUACUAUUCUUAAAAUUACAAUAGCAAAGCUUGUCUUACAACUACAAUGUUAACAGGUAAAAGUGUAAAAACCUCUAAAAUCAGUUAUUCGUAAAAAGUGACAUGUUACGAUUAUACUAAAACAAAAAGACAGUAAACGCCGGAAAGAGACAUUAGACUUUAUUAAUGACGUAACACUGGAGGAAAUUAAUUUUCAUCAUAGACUGUGUCAUAAUGAGUCAUCGUUAAAGUCAUUCUUUAACUACAACAGAAGUAAGUGCACAGAUACUUUUAAUUGACUCUGUUGUUUGCAUAGCUUAAGUUACCUUUAAGUCUAGAUUGUUGCUUUACAGUAUCUUUCACUGUCAUUUCGACAGUUUCUUUCAGCAAACUGAUUCUUCAUAAGCUCUGUCCAGAUAAAAUUGUUUUUUUUUUUUUGUCAAAAAACUGCUGCAUGUUAAUUAUAUAGUCAUGAUGUUCCUAGUGGUCAUGAUGUGAUGUCAUCAUGAUCAAAUCUAGACAUAUCAUUGUCAAAUGAAAUUUGAUAGUCUGGACAGAGUUUUUUAAGCUGUGAUGUCUCAUGACGUGAUAUUGUUUGCCGGUAAACUCAUCUAUUAUGGGAUGUACCUGUAACGAUUUUAACAUUAAUGAAUUGCUACAAAAUACAAACAGUGGUCUAGAAGUUAAAAUCAUGUGUGCAUGAUUAAAAGUAUUUAAAUAAAAUGUUUUAAACAAUCAAAUAGUUCAUGAUAUUUGUAAAUCCGUUCGGAUUUAGUAAGAGCAAUGCAAUGUAAGGUUAAACUUACAGAUUGAUUAGUAUGUAGGCCUACAAUGUAUUCCCCACUAGUAUGACUAAGCUUCGUCCCCUUUAUUGGAUAAGUCGAAACGAUUGGUUUAAUUUUUGUUUAGACAUUUGUUGAAAGUAUAUUUUUGUAAUGGUAAACUAUAUUGUUAAACAAACAACAGACAUAUUUCACUUUUUUGACUUAUGAUAUUUUGAAUAAAGUUCUACUUAAACUACAUAAA